GGUUGUCUCUGCUUGUCAAAAGGCAGCAGCCCAGCGAGAGGCGCCGCGAGCUCCGAGCAGCGUGUCCACCCACCGGACCAGGCUGCUGGACCUAGCCCACUGGGAAAGAGAAAUGGAUGCUGGCCUCCUCUGACAAACCCCUGCUCAUCUCCUGUCCCUGUUAGUCUGCACAGCUUCUCCUGGAGAGUCCUUGUGGUUGGACGUGUCCGUGACCUCACAGAGGAGCACUGCUGGCCUCUUUGUACCUGUUCCCUGCUCCUUUAGGCAUGGAGGCAAUGGCAGCCAGCACUUCCCUACUUGACCCUAGUGACUUUGACCGCAACGUGCCCCGGAUUUGUGGGGUAUGUGGAGACCGAGCCACAGGCUUCCACUUCAACGCUAUGACCUGUGAAGGUUGCAAAGGCUUCUUCAGGCGGAGCAUGAAGCGGAAGGCACUGUUCACUUGUCCCUUCAACGGGGAUUGUCGCAUCACCAAAGACAACAGGCGCCACUGCCAGGCCUGCCGGCUCAAGCGCUGUGUGGAAAUCGGCAUGAUGAAGGAGUUCAUCCUGACGGAUGAAGAGGUGCAGCGCAAGCGGGAGAUGAUCCUGAAGCGGAAGGAGGAGGAGGCCUUGAAGGACAGUCUGCGGCCCAAGCUGUCCGAGGAGCAGCAGCACAUCAUCACCAUCCUGCUAGAGGCCCACCACAAGACCUACGACCCCACCUACGCCGACUUCACCCAGUUCCGGCCUCCAGUCCGAGACGAUGGAGAGAGCUGUCAUCCACUCAGCAUCUCCAGGAACUCUUCCUCAUCUGGCUCAGAUCUCUACACUGCCUCUCUAGACAUGGUGGAGACUUCCAGCUUCUCCCACCUGGACUUGAAUGAAGAAGAAGACUCAGAUGACCCUUCUGUGACUCUGGACUUGUCCCAGCUCUCCAUGCUGCCUCAUUUGGCUGACCUGGUCAGUUAUAGCAUCCAGAAGGUCAUCGGCUUUGCCAAAAUGAUCCCAGGAUUUAGAGAUCUCACCUCUGAAGAUCAGAUUGUGCUGCUUAAGUCAAGUGCCAUCGAGGUCAUUAUGCUGCGCUCCAACCAGUCCUUCACCAUGGAGGACAUGUCCUGGGACUGUGGCAGCCAAGACUACAAGUACAAGGCCACUGAUGUCGUCAAAGCUGGACACACGCUGGAGCUGAUCGAACCCCUCAUCAAGUUCCAGAUGGGGCUGAAGAAGCUGAACAUGCAUGAGGAGGAACACGUCCUGCUCAUGGCUAUCUGCAUUGUCUCCCCAGACCGACCUGGGGUACAGGAUGCCAAGCUGGUCGAGGCCAUCCAGGACCGCCUGUCCAACACGCUGCAGACCUACAUCCGCUGCCGCCACCCACCCCCAGGCAGCCACCAGCUCUACGCCAAGAUGAUCCAGAAGCUGGCUGACCUGCGCAGCCUCAACGAGGAACACUCCAAGCAAUACCGCAGUCUCUCCUUCCAGCCGGAGAGCAGCAUGAAGCUCACGCCCCUUGUGCUCGAGGUGUUUGGCAAUGAGAUCUCCUAACUAGCAUGAUGCGUGGUGGCACCUGGGCAGGGCUGCUCUCCCAGGGCCCGGUGUCCAGGUCUGGGGCUGUGGUGGCCCUCCCACACUUCCUGGAGCUCGGCUCCUCCUCUGCCAUCUCCCUUCUCCACUAGCCUAAUAACAGGUCCCCCUUUCCUGUAGGCCACAGGCAGCCCCCAGUCCCUUGAGAUGUGAGUCACCAAGAGAGGCAUUUGUUUGUCAAAGAAACUCAAGUGGGGCCUGAAGUUAGAGGCUGGAGGCCGGGCCUUGCCUAGGGAGGCCCCUGUACUCCUGACAUGGCUGCUGCUGGUGCCCGGGGAAGGCAGGCAGGAGAAACGCACCAUUCCUCAGGGACAGAGAUGUCCACUCUUCCCCCACACUAGGUCCACAUGUCCAGAGCCCAGAGGAUAGGAUCCCCCCUACCCACCCCGGAUCCAUACCAGCCCACAACCCCACUGCGCCCAUCACACCCUGCUGCCAGACUGUGCUGUUCUGUCUCAGGCAAGUGGGCACCAUGGGGCCUCGUCCCCCACACAUCCUCCCACUCCUGGUCUCCCUGGGAUCCUCCAAGGAUGACCAAAUCCAAGACAGCUAAGGUUGCAACUCCCCAUGCCCACCCUGCUGGCCAAAGGGCGCAGGUUUACCCUGCAGUCCUCGCCUUCAUCCCUUUGUCGUGGUAACCCUCUCACUGCUGGGCAGCAGCUCUGGUAUGGUGGGCACCCUACACAUCUCUGGAGCCACUGGCUGGGAACCCUUCUACGAGGGAGCCCAGGAGGGUGAAACACAGGGCCUGGGCAGUGAAGAACGGACAAAGCUGGUCUCCUGAAAGGGUUGUGGGUGGUGACCCCAGGAUGUAGCUUUCACAAAGCCCAGGGCCUGAAUCUAAGGAGUUGGUCAUGGGGGAGCUGGCUCCAGCCGUCCAUACUGCAGGACUAGAUCAUCUCCAGUCCUGGUUGCAGAGAAGCCUCUCUCUAACUCCCCACCCUGCCUUACCUCCCACCAAGGACAACAGGCCUUCCUAUGCUUUUCCCCUCUCCAGUGGUGCCCCAGAAGUCUGGAGCAGCAGGCCCUCCCUCUGGCUCUCCUGCGGGAGCCACAUCUUCCCUGCCUGGCAGGGUGGUGUGGAGGAACUGGGCUUUCCACUGCCCAGUUAUCGUCAUAAGACUGCUAUGCAGAUGAAGAAGCAGGCACUGGCGUUCUGUCGGAGCCUCAGGAUGUAGAGGAUGUAUGUGUAGGGGGCUGAUCAGGGCAUGUGGCGGUGGAGUGCAGUGGGGCUGGUUCCCUUCCUGUUCUCAUUCCGUCACCCAGAAGUGAAAUGGAGCCUGUGAGGCAGGGCAGCCUGGGUACAUCCCUCAGACCUCACUUCUCUGUAGCCAGCCAGCCCAGGAGAUGAGAGCCUCCAGACUUCUCACCUAGGAUGAGUUCUUUGCCAUAGGUAUGUGGGGCCUGAGCAGAGGGGUUCAUGAAAGGGGACUCCACGAGGGGCCUCGAGAUGACUGCUUGAUUUGGGGGAACAUCACGGCAUUGGAGGUAUCAAUAGGGAGGUAUGAAGGUGACCUUACUGAGCCCCCAGAAGAUGCCCCUCUACUGACACUUGUUUUUCCCCCAAAACCCCAAAAGGAGUCAGACUCAACACUGCAAAUGUUGCCAGUAUGCACCCAUCCCUGCCUGUAUUUCUCAGGAUUCUUCAGGUGGAAAAAUAUCUAAGAGCCACAUUCUGCUGUAGACUAGAGCACAUACAGCUUCAUAGUAAAUAUAUUACAUCUGAGUUGUUUCAGAAUCAGACAGCAUCUGUACUAUUUGCAAAUGUCAAGGGUAGCAGGCACCACUGAUCCAGAGCUGUUUAUUCGGGGCGGGGGGGACUUGCAUUGUGAAAAUGCUAUACAUUCAUGAUUUUUACUGUUUGUGAUUGUUUCACAAGAGAAACAUCUCUGAUUUUAGCUGCACAAGGCCUUGAUCUAGCUUACUAUUCAGUGGGAGGAAGAGCUUGAAAAUUGCUAAACUAGUCCAAUGCCCUUGUUAAAAGAAAUUGACACUUGGAGGAAAGCAUGGUUUGACCAAACUCAUCUGAUUAGUUAGAAGUUGGGGCAGGACUGGGCAAGAAACUGGAGUCAGGGUCCAGAGCCCUUUUUCUCUAGAUCACUUCGCAUUCCCCUGGUGGCUGACCCAGUCCCCAGCGGGGAAGGCCUGGAUUUUAGACAGAGCAAGUCUAGAUGUGGGACACUCUCUCCCCGUUCCCUGGGUUGUAACUCCACGGAGCUAUCAGGAGGAACACUUAGCCUGUGCUUCAAUGUGAAUCUGAGAGUUGGCCCUCCGUGUGGCCCUGUCCUUUGGGCCCUCCACCUUAGGCCUGUGUGAUACUAUCAAUGCAGUGCAUCGGUCUUUAUAAUGUAUCCACCUUCCCAGAUCUCCUUCUGACCCUCUUCUCCCCAAGGAACUCCCUGGACCCCUGUGAACAUCAGGUACUCAGCCCAAGGACCCGUAACCAUCCAGGCCACUUCCAAAGGGAAAGUCUAGGUACGGAGGAAAAAAUAAUAAAGGAACAAGGAACAUUUCAAGGGUCUGAAGUGGGAGAAAAUGGCAUCAUCUAGUCUGUUUUAGAAUAAGAGUAUGAAGGUAGACACAUAAUC